CCGCCACGGCCUGCUGUCGCCUGGUCAUUCUUGGUCCAGGCUCGGUGGCGAUCGGCGCCAGACCAUCCGCCUGCUCUUGUCUAUCCGCUCCGCCAUCCGAGAGUAUCUGCCUUUUGCCGCCAUGCUGAGGUUCGAGGACUGGUUCUGGUCCGUCAACAACGAGGAUCCCCUCGUGGGCAUCAAGAAGCUUCAUGAUCACUUUAAUACGGGCUUGGUUCAGAUUGAGGAGCUGCUUCAGUUUCUGCGGGAGCGCAUUGUGUGCGAAGAAUACUACGCCUCCAAGCUGUCUGACAUUGGCAAGUCCAAAUAUCGAGCUGACGGAUUUAGCAAGGACGACUCGCUCAUCAGCGAGAUCUUCAAGAUCGCUAAGAGCGAAACCGAGACGUUGUCCCAGUCGCGAAAACAAGUGUCUGCCGCUCUACAUCAACUUGUACGGCUCUUGCAAAAGUACCUCGAUGAUAAUCGAAAGGCAAGUCUGUUGCGGAAGGAGGGGAUCGAGGCGACAUUCAAAAAGAUGGAAAAGCAGCAGAUCGAGGUCAAGAUUGCCCAAGAACUGUACGAAAAGAAAAACACCAUGGCCGAGUCGGAGGAGCGAAACUGGAACGAGGAAGUGUCGAGAACAGACUCGAGCGAUAAAUCCUCGACCGACUCGGCGCGAUCACAUCCGGACGAGGCUAUGGUGAAUGUCGGCAUCUACGCUUUCCUUAUCGAGGACUUUAACUCGGUCCUCGCCCUUUGCCAGAGCCAGACGCGCCAGCAGGAUCUCAAAACGCUCCUCGGCACCUACAAGUCAUGCUAUCUGGGCCAAGAUAUUGUCGAGUUCACAAAGACACAACUUGGCAUUGACGACUCUGGAGCCUUGUCGAUCGUCGAAUAUCUCGUCGCCCAGGGGUUCCUCAAGUCCGUGAGUGGCGGCAACCGCACUUCGGCACUAUUCAGCGCCCAGGCAUUCUACCAGUGGAAAAAGACGGAGAUCGAGACCGAUGUCCUGUUCAAAAAGCUCCAGCGCGAAGCUCGGCGGGCCGAUGUGGAGUAUAAGAAAGCCGUCGAGGCCGCCGAAGCCACACGAAUCCUACUGGAAAGCUACUGCGUCGACUACAUGCAUCAGAUGCAGCAGCUUGAGCUCUCCAAGCUGCAGAUCAUGCGGAGUGUUACCAAGGGUGUUGCGGCUGCGGAGCAACUCACGGUUCCGAUCAUUCAGCAAGUGACCGACAAGUUGAAUAUUUACUUGGAAACGUUCAACCCAGAGAAAGAGCUCCAGGUCUUUAUUGAUCGUGAACGAACCGGCACCUCUCGCGUUCCUCCUAUUGUGUACCACUCCCAUCACUUUGGGACUCGAGAUACCUUGUUUGGCGUCUCGCUUGAAGAAUCCACUGCUCACCAGCAGCGCCGUGUCCCAGAUAUUAUUCGCAAGUGCCUGGCUGUGCUUAAAGAGCGCCAGGCGCGCGACUAUGCUUCGGGCGAACUCAAUCACUGGCUGGAAUCCAAUACCAACCUUUCGGCCGUCUGUGCCCUCCGUGGCAAGCUGAACGGCGGUCCCUUGAUAACCAAAGACAUCCGCAAGCUGCCUACCCAAAUCCUGGUCGGGGUCCUGAAGCUCUACAUGGUAGAGCUUCCCGCUUCGGUGUGCAGUCACGAAAUCUACGAACCCUUGAAGCUUUUAUACUUUUCCAAAACCGAAGACGAAACCCCCAUGCGCUUGACAUCGCUGCGGAGCCUUCUUAUGACGCUUACGCCAGCCCACUUCUUCUCGCUGGCAGCACUAACGCGACACUGGUCGAGGAUGGUUGAGUCUGUCGACAAGGCCGACUCGCGUAUCACCGAGUUCACUCAAUAUCUCGGGCCGAUCAUCUUGCGGCCCAAGCACGACACCAAGGUCACGCUUCAUGAUAAGCACCCGGCGCGAUUGCUGAGAGACUUGAUCACACACAACGAAGCUAUCUUCACCAACGAAGCCGCCUAUACGCUUUUGAAAGAGGCACAUUCAGCCCACGAAGCCUCUUCAGAUCUCCCGUUGGGUGCCAGCCCUCUGCCUGUCACCGACGAUACAAACGGGGCUCCGGCAGUGACUGCAUCGAUUCGCUCGAAUGGAAGCACUGCUGCGGUAUCGCCAUACUCUGAGGAUGAAUUCGAGGAUGACGACGAAGCAUCGACUCGAGGCCUCUAUGAUCGCUCUGGGGCACGCCACUUUCGCGGCCGAAGCGAAUCUUCGGUUGCCUCGAGCUUGGGCAAAGCAACCGGCUACAGUCUUACAAUUGCGACGCGCGAAUCUGAAAUGUCAGAGGAGGCCGACGUUGUCGUUCUCGGCAGCAUCAAGGAGGAGUAUUCUCUCGGGACCACCAUGGCGACACUGGCCGUCGAUGUGACUGAGGCCGAGCACUCGCCCAGAAACUCGAUCCACCGCAUGUCGGGGAUGCUGUCGCCCACACCGGUCGAGCCAGAUGGCAUUGCACCUGCUCGCGAGCGUUUGUCGAUUAUGAAGCAACUGUCCUCGGAUAGCCUUAUUCUUGAGGACGACAUGGACGAUGCCGAGAUUGCCGAGAUCGAAGAGCACUUGGCUAGAUUCAAUUGAGACGAAACACCGUCGCUUGCCUGGUCGAUACAUCGAUCGUUUCAACGAGUGCCCGUGCAAGCUCCCAGCUUGUGCACACCUCCGCUUCCCUUCGCCCCCUUUGUAUGGUUUGAUGCCUCCUUUCCAAAGUUAUUUUGUUGCAUCUGAAUAUGACCGUAGAAGCCAGCCUUUGCUUCGCCGAUAGAUCCGUCCGCCACACAAUCCCCUGCUAAGCUUUGAUUUGGAGUACGCUGAUUUCUGUUUUCAUGGAAGCGUCGUAUACCUACUGCAGUUCCAUUAAAUGGCCGUGUCAGCGACAUGUUGAGCCAACCCAAUAUAUUGUGCUGAUCUUGCUGAAACAACGC